CCAUGUCGCUCCAAGGCCGAAAAUCGCAGUUCCUUCUGCAGUAUAAAUUAGCCACGGAUACCUUCGUCAUGACUGAGGAGUUCGUCGACAACGGCAACGGUACCAAGAGCACCUACGUGAAAACGCGCCGCUUCACUUCCCCGGAGUUUAAAGUGGAAGCACAGCCAGACUAUCCGGAGAUUCCCACAUCACGAUGGACGCUCGCCCUUGAAGUCGACCAGCAAAAGCAUACCGUCAAGUCCACACUGACAAACGUGGAUUUCACCGCGAGUCCCCACGGCGUUCUGGUGCAGUACAGCGUUAGCUCAAGCGCCACGGCCUACACCAUCUGGCUACCGCCAGCGGGAGCGGAACCGGCGGAAUAUCUUCAUGUGGAUUCCGCGUGGCCGUUUGUUGGCGAACUGCUGUGCGAUGCCAAUACCAGCGGGGACCGUUACUACGGUGCACAUCAAACCCACCGUCCAAAUCGAACCGUGUACCUGACACUGGCCUUCCAGAUCAACCGCGGACCGACGGAUCUGAUGCCCAUCUUGGACGCCGGCCAGUUCACCGACUGCACGCUGAUCUCCAGCGAUGGACGGACCUUCUCGGCGCACCGUGCUAUCCUGGCGGCCGUGUCACCCAUCUUCAUGGAACUUUUUGAGAAACAGGGAGACCAUCCGCCCAGCCACUUUCUGAUCGACCUCACCGGGGAGCUCUUGGAGACGCUGCUGCAGUACGUGUACGAUCGGAUGCCGAUGAAGUUGGCCGGACGACUGGAGGAGUUCUGGGCGGUGGCGGAGCAGUUCGAGAUGACGGCGCUGCAGUGUGCCUGUGAGGAUAUGAUGAUGGCGGAUGUUGGGAGGGAGAACGCGAUGAAGUACUUUGAUUUUGCGCGGGAACGUGGACUGGAGCAUCUGCAGCGGAAGGCGGCUACGUGCAUUGCUAGCGACCAGUAAA